AUGGAAGAUUUACAGUUGAAUAUUUCAACGGGUAAAACUAAUAACAGACCCAAAAAAACAGCUGGUCCUCAAAGAAAUGCUUCGGAGUAUAAAUUUUUGGCAAAACCCAUUGUUGGUGGUAAAAUAAUAGCAAGGAAAAGGCCACAGAAUGUUCGAAAUUCUUUUUCCAAACAAAACUUUGAUGAGCCAAAACAGAAAGUGGCCAAAUCAAUAUCCGAAACUUCUGCUCCGAAAUCUGUGAAUUUGGAGUCUAGUCUUAGAGAUCUUAGUGAAAACAAAGGAAAGUUUAAAGAAAAAAACUACCAACAGCUAAGUGAUGAUCUGCAAGUGAAGCAAAAACCUAGAAGUGGAGGAUGGAUUUCAUCAUUAUUCAAGAACAAUCCUGAUGUUCCACGUAUUGGGCAGAAAGCUGUUAAGCCAAUUGUGGAAAAAGUGUUUACUGGUCAGACAUUCGCAGAUUUAGAUUUACAUCCACACAGUAUAGCAAACUUAUCUCAAAACUUAAGCUUAAAUCAACUUAUGACUGUACAGCAAAAUGCCAUUCCAGUAAUAUUGCAGGGAAGAGAUGUAUUAAUUAGGUCACAAACAGGAUCGGGUAAAACUUUGGCAUAUGCUCUUCCCAUCAUAGAAGGGUUGCAGGCCAUCAGACCUAAAAUAAAUAGACAUGAUGGUAUCAGAGUCAUUGUUGUUGUACCAACAAGAGAACUGGCUGUUCAGACAUACGAAUUAUUUGUGAAGCUAGUUAAGCCUUUUAUCUGGAUUGUACCUGGACUUUUAAGUGGUGGCCAAAAAAGGAAAGCAGAAAAAGCCAGAUUGCGAAAAGGACUGAGCAUAUUGGUAGGAACUCCAGGCAGGAUUAAUGACCAUCUAAGACACACUCACUCUUUAAAUUUUGCUAAAACUGGCUGCUUAGUUUUGGAUGAGGCAGAUCGCUUAUUGGAUAUGGGCUAUGAAAAAGAUGUAGCGGCCAUAGUAAAAGCUAUAGAUGACCACAAAAAAGCUGCAACAUAUGACCCAAUAGCACUUAUGAAACAGUCUGUCAAAAGUAAUGUCUCAAAUAAUGAAGUAACCAAUAUUGUAGAAGAAAAUGCAGAGGAACACAAAGUGAGACAUUACUUGACUGAAGUGUUUCUCUCAAAAGAUAGACAAACUAUUUUGCUAUCAGCAACACUUACAAAGGCAGUAGAAAAUUUAGCAGGAAUUACCAUGCAGAAUCCUGUUUUUAUUGACACAUCCGAAGGCAAAGUUCUUGUAGCAGACUCAUUAAAGCAUCAAGAUAACGUAAAUAACAAGGAAGCUACCAUUAAUAAGUCGAUAGAGAAAAGCCUUCCAGAAACUGUGCGUACUAAUAAUACUGAAAUAAUGGCAGAGAAACAAGCGACAAAUAAAAAUACUGCUGUUAAUGACGUUGAAACAAGAAGAGGCAUGAAAGCCUUUUCGGGCGUGAGUAAUUUAAGUCAAAUCGAAGAUGAUAGUGGGAAAAAACAAUCAACAAAAAAAACUUCAAACAAGCCUUUUGUUAAAAAAGAAGCUGACAGUGACAGUGACUCCGAUUACGAAUAUUUCAAGGUGCAAAAAGAAUUAGAAUCGAAAAAACCUAAAGUUGUGGAAACCAUGAAAGAAGUACAACCCGCUGAAGCGGAAAAUGUCUUUCUCAAAGCAUUGAAAUCAGCUGUGGUGGAAGAUGAGCUAGUUCUACCAGCAACGGUUAAUCAGAAGUUUAUGGUUGUCCCAAUGAAAUUGAGACUAGUGACACUUUGUUCUCUUAUCGUCGAGCAUUGUGUUCUGAACAAGAAAGGUGGUAAAAUGAUAGUUUUUAUGGCUACCACGGAAAUGGUUGACUACCAUUCCGAGUUGUUAGAAACGGUAUUGACGGGUAAAGAAGACAAAGUGAAGAAAAAAAAUGUGAAAAACAAAAUGUCUAAAUCAAAGAAACGAAAACUAGAUAACAAUCAAAAAGACGAAGGGGGUGAAUCAGGGUCGUCAGAAAGUUCUGAAUCGGAACUAGAAAUGGAUUAUGGUAUGCCCGAAGAAGGCAGCUUGGCGCCAGUUGACUUGGAUGUCUUCAGCCUCCAUGGUUCCAUGGCCCAUGAGCACAGAAUGGAGGUUUUUAAACAAUUUAGAGCUGCCAGAAGAGGUUUACUUAUUUGCACGGAUGUAGCUGCUAGAGGGUUGGAUGUUCCACGGGUGGACUUGGUUUUACAAUAUUGCGCUCCGGCAUCAGCCACCGACUAUGUGCACAGGGUGGGGCGGACCGGACGAGCGGCGCAAGUGGGAGCAGCGGUCCUAAUGCUACUUCCCAGCGAGGCCGAGUUCGUCAGGCACUUGGAACAGAAGCGUAUCAGACUUAGACAGGCGGACGAGUCGCAGUCACUGGAAGCUCUGCGUACUCUGUCUCCCGCCGCCCCCAACCCCGCCAGGGCCGCCAUAGCGUUGCAGGCGAGGCUAGAGCACACCGCCCAUAGUCAUCGCGACUGGCUCCAACGAGCCAGCAGAGCUUACACGUCCUGGGUCCGCUUCUACUCGGGCUACCCGCGCGAGGUGCGCGUGUGGCUGGACGCGAGGCAACUGCAUCUCGGACAUGCGGCCAAGGCGUUCGCGCUCAGGGAGACCCCGGCGGCGCUAGCUAGGCGGGCCAAGUGCGAUCCGGACACCAAGAAGGAGCGGCCCAACAACCGGCUGACGGUGCACGAGGAGGAGCAGAGGAAGCGCCCCGGGUUCCCGAAGGUGAAACCAGGGCUCUUUGGCAACAGAGUAAUGAACAAACAGAGCUCCAUGCACACAGCGAGCGAAUUUGACAGCGGCCUGCCCCCUCUCGACAACUACAACCAAAAGAAAAAGAACAAAAAUAAACGGUGGACA